UGCCUUUCAAGAAGAUGGUUCGUGAGCUUUGGGGUCGUAACAAAGCCGUCGGAAGGUCUCACAUUGCUCCUGAAGCGUCUUCUUCUGCGUCGUCUUCUCCAUCGACUGAACAGAGCAUUUGGGUUGAUUUGCCUCCUGAGUUGCUUCUUGACAUCAUCCAUCGGAUUGAGUCUGGACAGUCUUUGUGGCCUGGGAGGAGAGACGUCGUUGCUUGCGCCUCUGUUUGUAGGUCGUGGAGGGAGAUGACUAAAGAUGAAGUUGUUAAAGCUCCUCAGCUCUCUGGUCUCCUCACUUUUCCUGUUUCGCUAACACAGCCUGGUCCUAGAGAUGCUCCGAUUCAGUGCUUUAUCAAACGAGAAAGAGCCACUGGGAUAUACCGUCUCUACCUCGGUUUAAGCCCUGCUCUUUCUGGCGACAAGAGUAAGCUCUUACUGUCGGCUAAGAAAGUCAGGAGGGCGACCGGUAUGGAGUUUGUUGUAUCCUUGUCGGGAAAUGACUUCUCAAGAAGUAGCACUAGUUACAUUGGGAAACUUAGAUCUAAUUUCCUUGGAACUAAGUUCACGGUCUACGAAAUCCAACCACCUCCGGUUUAUUCCGAAAGAUCGUCUAACCGGAAACUACCACCAUCCAUGCGUGUGUCUCCAUGGGUAUCAUCUUCAACUCAGAGUUACAACAUGGCGUCGAUCUUGUAUGAGCUGAAUGUCCUCAGAACCAGAGGUCCAAGAAGAAUGCAAUGUAUCAUGAACAGCAUCCCUGUUUCUUCGAUUCAAGAAGGCGGACAAGUUCAUUCUCCGACCGAGUUCACAAACCUAGGAAAUAAGAAGAACAAGAAGAAGUCGGUGAUGGAUUUCUGCACAGGGAACAUGGGAGGAGAAUCCGUUGUAAAGGAACCAUUAGUCCUGAAAAACAAGUCACCGAGAUGGCACGAGCAGCUCCAGUGCUGGUGCCUAAACUUCAAAGGACGAGUCACGGUCGCCUCCGUGAAAAACUUCCAGCUAAUUGCAGCUGCUGCAGAAGCGGGGAAGAACAUGAACAUACCAGAGGAGGAGCAAGAGAGAGUGAUAUUACAGUUUGGGAAGAUAGGGAAAGAUAUUUUCACCAUGGAUUAUCGUUACCCGAUCUCCGCAUUCCAAGCGUUUGCCAUUUGUUUAAGCAGCUUCGACACGAAGCCUGUCUGCCAAUGAAAUCAUUUUCUCUGUUUGCAGUUUGUUGUGUGUUUGAUGAAUGUUGUACAUACUUUUCCUUCUUGGAACAAAAAAAAAAGUCAUAUCUGUUUUUUU